AUAUGAUACGAGUUUUCACAUUCUUAUAUUGUCAAGUUUUCUAAUAGCGUAGUCUUAGCGUUAUUGUUUUCACUUUCCCAUAAUUUUCGCUCAUUUUUUUACUUGACAGUUUGAAAACACGAUGACGUCACAGUCACAGCGACGGCUGUUACACUAGUUUUUUUUUGUUGUAUUUGUAAACAUAGCGGCGAAGAGAAAGUUAUUUUUAUUGAAUAUUCGUUUUAUGUAAAAUGGAUUUCGUAAAUCAACCACGAAGCUAUAAAACUUCACAUUUACUAUCGGUGCACUAUAAAACAUAAUUUCAAAAUGAAAAAGAACAACACAAAGCACAAAUGCGUAGCCUGCAAAAAGCAGUUUCAUUACAACUGCCUACUGAAAUACCAUAUACGGAGAGAGCAUUUCAACCUCAAAAGCUUCCGACCGUACUAUGAAACGCAAAACAUCAAUCAGAUUUGGUUUGAAAAAGUUCUAAACACUGAUUUCUUAGCAAAAAUGACUAAAUUAUCCAACAAUAUGAUUGCUGUACAGAAAUUAAAUGAAGGAACUACUAUUAAACCUACGGAGAUUGUCCCUGAAGAAAUAGAUCUUCAUUUAUUGUAUCCAACAAACCGCACACAGCCUUUAAAGUGUAGUUUAUGCUCGGAGCCUUAUACAAGGAAGAAAUUGAAGAGGCAUUUUAAGGAGAUCCACGGUCUGGUAUUGAAAAAAGUCUGUGAUAAAUGUAAAAAGAAGUUUAGAAGUCCUAUGGGUGUUGUGAAUCAUAUCUGUUCGGAGUCUUCGGUUGAGUAAGUCUAGGUUUUAGUAUGUAAUAUGUAUACUUUGCAAAUGAACGGAGUCACAGUGUCGUAUAAAAGGCAAUUUUAGACAGGUACCUUUCAAAUGACAGCAUUUUGUUGUAAGUGAAUUAUUUUUUUAAGUUAUAAAUGGUUUGAUAAAAUGAUGAAAACGCUAAUGGCUCCGUUUCGUUGCUCCCAUGUCUAGUUUUAAAAUACUUUUUAUUGUAAUUUAGUUUUGUGCUAAAAGGUAGUGUUUUAGUAUAAAGAUAUGAUAAUCAUGCGAUAAAGGAAAUAUUGAAUUUCGUCUUUUGAACGCCACUGUCGGAUAUAGACGACAAACAAAAGAGCAAAUCUGCCACAGUCGACCUUAGCUGACAAGAAAAUAUUUUUUAAAUACUAACAGUAUAAACUGAUUGUGGAAUAUGCAGAAAGAUCACACGAAUCUAGACCAUGAUAUUACUAGAUUUAUCAGCUCGAUAUUUUUUGGGAGAGCCAUGCUUCGGCACGAAUGGGCCGGCUUGACCGGAGUGAUACCACGGCCUCACA